CCCAGGCUAUUUAAUACUUUCUCAGCGCUUGCACUUUGCCUCUGCAUUCUGCUGUGACUCUACUUCCCCUCUGCUCUCUCUCUUUCAUCUACACUACUAAUACCCUCUCCUAACUUCCUUUCCACCUACAAUGGCCGACAAGUACAACGCUCCUGGUUACCCGCCUCCGCAGGGCGGCUACGCUCCUCCUCCCCCUCCCGGCGGCUACGGCGCGCCCCAGCAGGGCGGCUAUUACCAGCAGGGACCGCCUCAGGGCCAGCAGCCGCAGGUCGUCUACGUGCAGCAGCAGCAGCCCCAGCAGUCGGGGAGCAGCGGUUUCUGCGAGGGUCUGUAAGUAUCGAGCUGUUCUAUCUCGGUGGUCCGGAACCGCGUCCUGCUUCCAACAGGAGCGGUUUUUGUGUGUGUUUGGAGAGCAGGCAGAUCGCUUCUAAUGAAGCUUUGUUUUGACAUCAACAAGCCGGCACCAAAAUAUGAGCUGCAAAUCCCCUACGGCUUGCCAUGCUGUCCUACUAACAACCCCCGCCCCUUUGCCCAAUUCUUCUUAUAGUCUCUGCGCGUCGUGCCUGUGCUGCUGCUGCGACAUGCUGUGCUAAAGAAGCUACCAUGCCGGCACUUGUCGGUAGCCGGGAAGCAAAAGAAUGCACAACUGGCAAGCAGGUUUUUUGUACGUG